GGAAGUUUGGCCUUGCCCGCCUGCCGUCCGCCGCGGGGGGCGGUGGGUAAGGCAAGAUGGCGGCCGUAGCUCGCUGCUGCAGCGCUCGUCGCGGCCUCUUGUUGCCAAGGGCAGGCCCUGGCAUUUCUGUGUUGGCUGCAGCACCUUCUGUGCUGCAGCAGCACCGUCAAGUUCAUCAUGCGGUGAUCCCUCACGGCAGGAGUGGACGAUCCUCGGUCAGCGGCAUCGUGGCCACUGUCUUCGGAGCCACAGGGUUCCUGGGGCGCUACGUUGUCAACCGCUUAGGUCGCAUUGGAUCCCAAGUCAUCAUCCCCUAUCGCUGUGAUCAGUAUGACCUCAUGUAUCUGCGGCCCAUGGGUGACCUGGGGCAGCUUCUCUUCUUAGAGUGGGACUGCAAGGACAAAGACUCCAUCCGAAGAGCCGUGGAGCACAGCAAUGUGGUCAUUAAUCUUGUUGGAAAGGAAUGGGAAACAAAAAACUUCAGUUUUGAAGAUGAAUUUGUAAAUAUUCCUAAAAGCCUUGCACAGAUCAGUAGAGAAGCUGGGGUGGAAACGUUCAUCCAUAUCUCUCACUUGAAUGCUAGCCUGAAGAGUCCUUCCAAAUACCUCAGGAAUAAAGCUGUUGGAGAGAAAACAGUGAGGGAGGAAUUUCCAGGUGCUAUCAUUUUGAAGCCCUCUGAGAUGUUUGGGAGAGAGGAUCGAUUUCUCAAUCAUUAUGCAAACAUGCGCUGGUUUGGUGGAGUGCCUCUCAUCGCUCUGGGCAAAAAGACAGUGAAGCAACCAGUCUAUGUGGUUGAUGUAGCAAAGGCAAUAAUUAAUGCAAUUAAGGACCCUGAUGCCAAAGGGAAAACAUACGCCUUGGCUGGACCUAACCGGUACCUGCUGUACGACAUGGUCGAAUACAUCUACGCCGUUUCCUUUCGAGCCUUUCUUCCCUACCCCCUUCCACGGCCUCUCUACCAUUUAGUUGCAAGGUUCUUUGAGAUGAAUCCCUUCGAGCCGUGGUUAACACGAGACAAAGUGGACCGGUUUCACACAACAGACAUGACCCUUCCUGACCUUCCUGGUUUAGAAGACCUGGGUGUUCAGCCAACGCCCCUGGAACAAAAAGCCAUCGAAGUGCUGCGCCGCCACCGCAGGUACCGCUGGCUGGAGGCUGAGCUGGAGGAAGCAAAACCAGCUAAGACCGUGUAACAGCUGAUGAGGUGCUCAAUCCCACUGCCUUUGGAUGGCUCAAUGUGUUUGGAGAACUGUGUACAUACUGAGUAAAAUACAUUCAAU